AACACUCUUUGUUAUAAAUAAGUUAACUUAUCAAACCAUUUAAUAAAUUCUCAGUUUGUGAUUUUGGUAAUUAACGUAAAUACUUGCAGUGGUGAUCUACAUUUUAUUGUGACAUAAAUGAAUUCAAAGAUAAUUUUAUGUCCAUAUAAAUAUGGGGAAGCAUGAGGAUUGUAAGUAUAUGGAAAGACUUAAAGAAGAUUUGAAUGAAACCUGCGACAAUACUGCUAACGUGGAUUUUACAGAUGGCGGGAAAUGUCUGUUUGACUAUACUAACAGAAGAAAGAUCAAAAUGUCAGCUGAGAGCCACAAAAAUAGUGAGGAGCAGAAAAAAGAAAAUGAAAAAGAAUUUGAGUACAUUCGCCUGCAACUCGAAGAGUUUUCUGUUUCUGAUAGUUCUUCAGCCAAGUCUACUGUGAAAACCAAUUCCGGGUUGACAUUAACUAGCAGCACUACUGUACGUCCAGAAGUUGAAGCAUUCCAGAGGUUUUUACACAUCGAAGGAGGACACUACGGUGGCUGGAAAGAAAAAGAUCACAUGUUCUUCCUCAAUACCAGGAAAAAAUACUCGUUAAAAAAAACAGCAGAAAUAGUCCAUGAGAAUCUUCCAGACAUUAGUUUGGAGAAAGUGAUAGCACAUGAGACCUGGUAUAACGAGUAUCUAAAAUUGAAAGCUGCAAAAAAGACCGCAAUCGAAGAGUGGAAGAAGACUCAAAAGGCAGUAAAAGUUGUAGUGAAAGAAAACUCACAGCCUUGCCCUCAAACUGAACCAAAGCCUCAACCAAAACGGGACCCCAACUUGAAAGAGAAGAUUGAAAUUUGGAAAGCCCAUUGUGUUGCUGCCAAGCUCGAAAGAAUGGAACAACAAAGAAAAGAAGAGAUGAAGAAAAAGAGAGAGGAUGAAGAAAGAAAAAGGCAUCAGGAAGAAAAAAGAGCUUUGGUAAACCGUUACCGAGAAGACAAACUUAGCUUUGAGUUGGCCUUGAAGACGGCAAAAGAAACUGAGGAAUUGGAAGCUAAAAGAGAAGCAGCGGUGAAAGCUGCCACUCUUCUAAAAUAUUUCAGGUAUGAAGACAGAAGAUUUACAGAACGCCAGAUAGCCAAGAAGCAGCCUCAGGUCAAGCCUGAACCAAGAGUGAAGAGUGCAGUGGAAGUCAAACGAGAUCCAAACCGGCUACUGCAGCCGACCCUCGGGUGGAUCUAUCACACUCGACGCCGCAGUGAGACAGACACGGAUACCAACCUGACCACACCGAUGGACCUGAAGCACAUGCCUAGACUGAAGAAGCCAGCCUGGAGAAGAGGCCUCACUUCCCCAUGACAGCAUUGUGAUCGUCAAAACCCCAUAAUGUUCCUUCACACACAGUCAGAAAUUGGAUCUCAUCACUUCAGUAUGGUGAAGUUGUAGAAUUUGUUUACAAUUUUCUAUUUGUAAGGAUUUAUAUUUUAAAGACAGAUUCUCUAUUAAUCAUUAUUUUAUAUUAAUAUUUACAAUGGAGUAAAAUAUAUGUCAGUUGAUCAGCCUUUGAAGUAGAAUAGGAGACCUAAUGA